GCGAAAUCAGUCGUUCUCUAAUAUUGUGGAGAUCAAGUCUAACGUAGGAAGUGGCGUAUAGAUAUUCCCAUUUUCUAAUAUGGGAAUGGAUUUUGGACACUACUAAAUAUAUAUUUUCAUUCCAUUCCUCAAAUUUUGCACGGAUACAAUGCCGACGCAUUGUUUCAGGACUGGUGGGAUUUAGAAGCUGAGAGUUUAUAGCCGGAGACUCCAGAUUCGAUCGGAAAACGCCGUUCGUGUUUCUAGACUAUCUGGCAGUAUUAAUUAUUUUCUGUAUUUUUCUCAUUUUAACUUUUAGAUUUACUUAAGUAAAAUAUCAUUAAGAAGAUAUAGUAGCAGAAAAGCCGGUAACACGUUGGUGCUAGACGUCUGUGCGUGAUUCGCUUUCUAACCGUCGUUUCCUUUCAUGGUUACAAGUUGCUGCCUAUCCAGUCUUUCAUGUAGGCAAAGCUUGCCUCGCAUAUAAUGCAUUAUUUGUAAAAUAAAAACACAGGGUCUUGCUUCAAGGGUAAUUGCACUACACUGAAGCAUAGUAAACCAGCUAUUUAAAGACAGCUGCCGACAAAAUGCCUUAUGUAAUACCCGCGUAAUACUAAUCCGUGAGAAUAUUCUGUGGAUAAGCGUUUUACAUGUUAUUGCCAAAUUGUAUCCCCUAUCUUUUUGUCUGGCGAAAAGCUGCCUGUUAGACGCCCCGUCCUUGAUUUACCUAGCGAGACAACUAAAUGCACUGCUUCGAUGGAUAUUUAUGGUAUGGAUAAUUAUACUGAAAACACUAUUAACAAUUAAAAUUUUGCAGCGUUAAGUACUGGAUCGGUGGUAUACCACACGUGGGUAAUAUUAAAGGCGUUGGCAUAUUAGUCAGUAGACACACAAAUACGGGGAAAGUGACGGGGAUGGAGGGCGCCAGGCAUCGGGGGAGCGCGGCUGCUGCUGUGGACGGAGACGGAUCCUCGGACUGCGGGAAGGACAGCGGGGGCGGCGGCGUGGCGCUCAAGAAGGAGAUCGGCCUCGUCAGUGCCUGUGGCAUUAUUGUAGGUAACAUUAUUGGGUCAGGGAUCUUUGUGAGCCCAAAGGGAGUUCUGGAGAAUGCGAGUUCAGUUGGCCUGGCGCUGAUCGUUUGGAUCGUGACCGGAAUCAUCACAGCCAUCGGGGCAUUGUGUUAUGCUGAGCUGGGUGUCACAAUCCCAAAGUCUGGUGGAGACUACUCCUAUGUGAAGGAUAUCUUUGGAGGACUCGCUGGAUUCCUGCGCCUAUGGAUCGCCGUGCUUGUGAUCUACCCCACCAACCAGGCUGUGAUUGCUCUCACCUUUUCCAACUACGUCCUGCAGCCCCUCUUCCCGACCUGCUUUCCCCCUGAGAGCGGGCUCCGGCUGCUGGCCGCCAUCUGCUUGUUGCUGCUGACAUGGGUGAACUGUGCUAGUGUGCGCUGGGCAACGCGUGUCCAGGACAUUUUCACCGCUGGAAAGCUGCUGGCUCUGGCACUCAUCAUCAUCAUGGGCAUCGUGCAGAUCUGCAAGGGGGAGUACUACUGGCUGGAACCAGCGCAUGCCUUUGAGAGUUUUCAGGACUAUGAUGUUGGCUUGAUUGCUCUAGCCUUCUUACAGGGCUCUUUUGCCUAUGGUGGUUGGAAUUUCCUCAAUUAUGUCACAGAAGAGCUUGUUGAUCCAUACACGAACCUGCCACGAGCCAUCUAUAUCUCAAUACCUCUUGUGACGUUUGUUUACGUCUUUGCCAAUAUUGCUUACGUAACGGCAAUGAGCCCUCAGGAGCUGCUGGCAUCCAAUGCAGUCGCUGUGACAUUUGGUGAGAAGCUACUGGGAGUGAUGUCAUGGAUCAUGCCCAUCUCUGUGGCUCUUUCUACAUUCGGGGGGGUCAAUGGAUCCCUCUUCACUUCGUCCCGGCUGUUUUUUGCAGGAGCAAGAGAGGGUCACCUUCCCAGUCUCCUGGCUAUGAUUCAUGUAAAACGCUGCACACCAAUCCCAGCUCUCCUCUUCACUUGCGUAUCUACCUUGCUGAUGCUCUGCACCAGUGAUAUGUACACGCUCAUCAACUAUGUGGGUUUCAUAAACUACCUCUUCUAUGGCGUCACUGUAGCUGGACAGAUUGUUCUGCGCAUCAAAGAGCCAAAUAUGCAUCGACCGAUAAAGAUUAGCCUGAUUUGGCCAGUUAUCUACCUGCUCUUCUGGGCGUUCCUGCUCAUCUUCUCUCUGUAUUCUGAGCCAGUGGUGUGUGGUAUUGGUCUAGCAAUUAUGCUCACUGGUGUCCCAGUCUACUUCCUUGGUGUGUACUGGGACAAAAAGCCCCAGUGUUUCAACACAUUUGUCGACAAGCUGACUUAUACAGGUCAGAAAUUUUGCGUGGUGGUUUACCCAGCGGAGGAAGGGAGCUCAAACGGAGCAGAGAAAGAGGAGAGUUUUCCCCUCGCUGAGAAGGCGGAGGAUGAUGAAAAGGCACAGAAACCGGAGUGCUGAGCAGAAAAGCACUCAACUGGGAGGAUUGUUUUGUACCAUUGUGAUGAUAGAUACACGCUAAUUGCUGUUUAAAUUGUAUUUGUCUUCAUGUGUUUGUCUGUAAUAGCGCUGUCAGAUAGGAUGGUGGGUUUGGGUCAACAUGUUUAGCUUUGGUUAUAAAUGUAAACAGAGAAGUUCCUGUACUGGGAUCUACUGUUUAAACAUGGGCCCUAAUUUCAGACCUUCUGCAGUGUCUUUAUCACUGUCAGAAACCAGUCUAUAUGUAUUAAUUAAACUGGCCAAACUAUAAAGGCUAGAAAUCAGUCUUGAAGUCCCUUAGAUGAUUUCAACUUACAUGUGCCCUUAUUACAGCGUUUUUUCCUAAAUCAGAACCCCAGCAUAAUUUUUUUUAUUAUUUUGUAAGUGGAACACUACUCGUGGUUUAUUUGUAAAUGGUUCUAAAACUGGUUUUGUAAUUGUACAAAUGGUUUUAUUCUGUCUUUAUUGUCUCGUGGGUUUGGACAGCAGACAUCGGUGAAGUAGCUGUAUGGUUUGAGUAAGACUGCUUUUACUGCAGUCCCAACUUUAAAAAAAAAAUACAAAAAUAUAAUAUAUAGCAAAACCUAA